CAUGUUCAAAUGAUGAUUUUCGCCCGUUUCUCCCGAUUCGUAACUCAGAUGCCCGACAGAGCACACAGACCGGCGAUUUAAUGUGUAUUAGAAUAUUAUUUAUUAUUUGAACUGUAAGUUUUCUCAGUGUCUUUUUCUGUUACAACACCGCUGUCUGUCUGUAACAUGUCUGUACACAUACCGAUCACUGGCUGAACGACCAGCGCACAGACCUUCCGAUUAACGAUAACGACACGAGCUAAACAAACAAAGCACAGUCUCUUUGGCUGUAUCCAAAAGUGUGCCGUCUACCCAAACAACUCUUUUGGUCGUCACGCGCGUUCCAAAAGAAUUCAUGAGCAUUUUAGGCGCGUUCCAAACGUUCGAUUUGUUCAGAACGCGCCCAUGAUGCCCAGAAACGCGGUCUAGGCAGGCAGCACUCUAUUUUUGAGACAGCCUCUGUGCGCUUGUGUUGGCUGUGCUCACAUGCCCCCGAUACCGCGAUGUUGUUGAUUCCCAGAAGAGGUGACAUCAUCGUUUCAGUGCUGAUCUGUUAGGAGGGGGGAGUAAACACUCAUCACAGCUAUAGCUGGCCAUGUACAGGUCUCGAGAUGGGUUGCUGUCGAGUUAAAGGCAUUGGCAAUGAGCAGAUUAUUGCCUUGGGAUCUGCACUUCUCAAUAACUUCAUCUAUGAACGAGUUCGUCGCCAUGGAGACAGUGAAGCUGAAUUAACCCGAAGUCAACUGAGUGAUGUUGAGCUGUGCGACCCCAGCCAUAAACGUCUUGCGCAGUGUUUGCAGCAGAUUGGAGAUGAGCUGGAUGGAAAUGUGCAGCUGCAAAGUAUGUUAAAUGACUCCACUCUUCAACCAACGCGAGAAGUUUUCACGAAAGUGGCCCUUGAGAUCUUCUCUGAUGGGAAGUUUAACUGGGGAAGAGUGGUGGCACUUUUCUACUUUGCGUGUCGGCUUGUUAUCAAGGCUAUUAUAACCAAGAUUCCUGACAUCAUAAGAACCAUCAUAAACUGGACUAUGACCUACAUUCAGGAACACGUUAUUAACUGGAUCAGGGAACAGGGUGGAUGGGAGGGAAUCCGCUCCUAUUUCGGAACCCCGACAUGGCAGACUAUUGGCGUUUUCCUGGCCGGGGUGCUCACCACAGUUGUGGUGAUCCGCAAAAUGUGA